AAUAUUCACUCUCAUCCUCUCUUCAAUUAUAUCAACCAACCAACCAAGCUCUUCAAAUCCAUUAUUCGUUUUUGGUCUUAGCCUCAUAAUAACUUUCUGGUAUUUUUGGAGGAGUAGUACUGCAGUUCUUGUUUGGAUUGUAAAAUUAAGCAUAUAUGGAAAAUCCACUGCGCCUUAAGUCCUUGAAUCACAUCUCGAUUUUGUGCAGAUCAUUAGAGGAGUCUCUCGAUUUCUACCUGAAUGUUCUUGGUUUCUUUCCUAUCAGAAGGCCUGGUUCUUUUGACUUUGAGGGUGCAUGGCUAUUCAAUUAUGGUAUUGGCAUACACCUACUUCAAUCUGAAGACCCUGAUAGCAUGCCCAAGAUUGGCCACAUUAAUCCCAAGCACAACCACAUUUCUUUCCAAUGUGAGAGCAUGGCAACCGUAGAGAAAAAGUUAAAGGACAUGAAGAUAGAGUACGUGAAAAGCAGGGUGGAAGAGGGUGGAAUUUACGUUGAUCAGCUUUUCUUCCAUGACCCAGAUGGCUCAAUGAUAGAAAUCUGCAACUGUGACAACUUACCUGUGAUUCCUCUAGCUGGUGACACCACCAGAUCAUGCUCACUUGUCAAAUGCAAUUUCCAGCAGCAGGCACAACAACAACAGCAGCAGCAGAUUCAACAAGCAGUACAAAUGACACAACAACAGCAAGUCACAUGCCUAUCUUCUGUUCACUUGAAGGAAGAUUAUCUUCCCUGUGCAUAAUACAAAAACCUUGAGAGAAUUUCUGUCUAAAGCAGCUAGAUUCAGUUUUUUAAUACUCAAUUAAGAGUGAUUGUAUAUGUAUUAUGUGUCACUUGGCUCUUAAUAUAUAUAAUUUGUUUAUCCAUUUUACUGGACAUAAUGCAGGGGCAUUAUGUCCUUAGGGUGAUACUACAA